AGAAAUCUCCCUCUGUCAUCUCCUCUACUUCAGAGAAAUUGGCUUCAGUAGUCAAAUUCCCUGCUUCAUCUACUAGAAACAAUGGUUCUAAGUCUUCAGCUGCUCCUCUAAGAGCUGGAAUGGAAAAAAUUCAAAACCCUAAAUCUAAAACUACUGCUCAUCAACAGUACGUUGUGAUUCAACCUAAAAACUCCUCUCCUAUCCAAACUAACAAGGCCUCAAACUUCUCUACCUCAACUUAUAGACCCCCUCCACCACCAAUUUCCUCUAACACCUCCCUUGCUUCUAAGAACAACCUAGAUCACACUGUUCCAAGCUUGAACUCCGCCUUAAACCCACCAACUGAUGAUGUACCCCUUUCUUCUCCUAAGACUUCCGCACAGGACCCUCCUAUACUGUCGUCUCAGGUUCUGCCGUCCUCUCAGCCUCAUCUUCCUCCAGUGAAUCCAGCUGAGCCUCCUCCUAGUCUUCAUCCUCCAAGCUCUGCUAAUCGUGUUCCUGCAAAAAAUCUGGUAGAGCGCAUUAGGAUAGCUGAAGACAAAUCGCUUCACAAGUUAGCCACUCCUACUAUUUCUGAGACUGGUAGGCCAAGAGUUCUUAUUCCUGAUGAGGUUUUCCAAAAAGGAGCUGAGAUUCACAAAGACUUCAUUGUUUGCUACUUCAAUGGCAGACCUCCACCUUUCAAACAGAUUCAAAACGUCUUGGAUCACAUGUGGGGAAAAGGAAAGAGGGUUGAAAUCCACAACAACCCCCUCACUAGAUCAUUGUUAGUCCGUAUUCCCAGCGACUAUCUUAGGCAAAAGAUCCUGGAGAAGUGUAUCUGGUACGUGGGAGAUUCCAUGUUUCAUACUGCCCAAUGGACAUCUGCUCACUCCAUCUCAUCUCCUCCUCUUCAUUCCAUUCCGAUAUGGGCUCAUCUCCAUGGAAUACCGCUGGAUCUUCGUCACCAAGAAGGAUUAAGCUUGGUUGCAGGUCUUGUUGGUUAUCCUAAGGAAACUGAUGACUUUACUAAGAACUUAGUGAGUCUUGUCACCUCUCACGCCAAAGUGGUGGUCGAUUUAACUAAGCCUUUGCCUCCAGUUGUUGAGUUUGUCCGCCAGAGUGGUGAGGUGGUUGAAGUUACGGUCACCUACCCAUGGCUUCCCCCCACUUGCUCGCACUGUAAAGAGCUAGGACAUAUCUCUAAAAACUGUCUCCUCCUCCCACUGCCUUCCCUCAAUAAACAGCCUGUAAAGGAGCCUCUUGCUACUCCCUCAAAAUCAAAACCCAAAGGCCCUACUACUAAGCGAUCUACUACUAACGAGGUUCCCUCAAAUGCUGCUCAUCCCAAUACUGACCUUUCAUCCUCUGACCCUCAGGAUGAAGUCUCUCUGCCUUCUGAACCAAUGCAAGAGGAUGUAAACCCAGUUUUACCUCCCUCCCCUUUUAGCCCCCCUAUUUUACCUCCCACCUCUCCUCUUCCCCUCCCUGCUGAUCCCUCUUUCAAAACCCCCAUCCCCCAUCCUAAUAUUGCUUCUCCUGUCCCCACUGCUCCUCAUGCCUUUGGCCUUACCGCUGACUGUCCGAAACCUUCUCUUAAAAGAUCUCGAUCCCAUCCUAAUAUUAACCUAUCUCCUUCGCCAGAAAGAAACCAUCCCUUCUCAACCAUUGACUCUGCUUCUAAUCAAACCUCUUUUUUACCUCCCAUUAACCCUAUUUCUCUACCCUCUAACCCUUCACCCAUUCCCGUAACCUCUACCUCAAACUCGUUUGCUAUUUUGGACACUGCUGUCUCUCUUCCUGUUGGGGAGGCAUCUUCAUCUUCCUGA